AUGGGAGGCGAAACUGUCGAAACCGCGAGGCCUAAGAGCACCUACCCAAAGUUCUCAGAUCAUCCCGUCGGGCAAUGGAUUCCAAACAUCUAUAAAAGCCGUAUCGAAGCCUUCUACAGCGGGGGACAAUAUGAAUCUCAGAAUCUACGAGCUAUGAUGGACGAGGGCGUUGUGUCUGGAUCUCCGCAUGUUGAGCUCUCAGUCUGGGAUGCUCCGGAUCUUAGUCGACCAACCUUCAAAGAAGCCACGAGCCACGAGUUCAAGAAGACAUCCGUGGGGGAAUGGUUUGGGCCAUCAUGGGCGACGCACUGGUUCAAGGUCCAGCUCACCAUACCCUCCCACCUUGCCCAGAAAGACCUGCUCGAACUACACUGGGAUGCCAACAAUGAAGGGAUGGUCUGGACAGAGGAUGGCAACCCACUUCAGGGCCUGACUGGAGGCGGUGAACGCAUCGAGUGGAUUAUCCCAGACAGGUUCAGAGAUGGGAAGCAGCAUACAAUAUACAUCGAGAUGGCCUGUAAUGGCAUGUUCGGAAAUGGAAAUGGAGACUCGAUCCAACCUCCAGACCCCAAAAAAUACUUCCAGCUUAGCAAAGCAGAUAUUGUUGCGGUCAAUGUCGAGGCCCGCCAGCUUUGGAUAGAUAUAUGGGUCAUUGGAGAUGCCGCUCGAGAGUUCCCUACGGACUCUUGGGAGCAGCACAAAGCGUUAAAAGUGGCCAUUGCCAUAAUCGAAGCCUUUGAAGUCGGCAACCAGGACUCUAUCAUCAAGGGCCGCAAGAUUGCUCAAGAAUAUCUCGGCAAGAACGUCAGCUCCUCCAAAGUAUACGAGACUGGAACUGCUCCUAUUGUAUACGGCAUUGGCCACUGCCACAUCGAUACUUGCUGGCUCUGGCCUUGGGCUGAGACGAAGAGAAAGGUCGCUAGAUCAUGGUCGAACCAGUGUGAUCUGAUGGAUCGCUACCCCGAGCACAGAUUCUCUGUCUCACAAGCCCAGCAGUACAAGUGGCUGAAGCAGUACUACCCGUACGUGUUUGACCGUGUCAAGGAGAAGGUUAGGCAAGGUCGCUUCCAGCCUGUUGGCGGUAGCUGGGUCGAGCAUGACACCAAUAUGCCGAGCGGUGAAUCGCUUGUCCGCCAAUUUGUCUAUGGUCAGCGAUUCUUCGAGAGUAAUUUUGGAGAGAGAUGUCGGACUUUUUGGUUGCCAGACACUUUCGGCUAUUCAAGCCAGCUGCCACAACUUUGUAGACUGGCCGGUAUGACUCGAUUCUUCACUCAGAAGCUGAGCUGGAACAACAUCAACAAGUUUCCUCACACUACCUUCAACUGGGUAGCUUUGGAUGGAAGUCAGGUCAUUUGUCACAUGGCUCCUGCGGAAACAUACACUGCGGAAGCCAACUUCGGAGAUGUAAAGAGGUCUGUGACCCAACACAAGUCCAUGGAUCAAGAUGAGACCUCACUUCUAGUCUUUGGCAAGGGUGAUGGAGGUGGAGGACCCACUUGGCAGCAUCUGGAGAAGCUUCGAAGAUGUCGUGGAAUGAGUGAUACCGUUGGGAUGCUACCCAGAGUGCACAUGGGCGACUCUGUGGAAGACUUUUUUGACCGCCUCGAGAAGAAGGUGGAAAACGGUCUCGACUUUGUGACUUGGUAUGGUGAGCUUUACUUCGAGUUACACAGAGGUACAUACACGACUCAAGCGAACAACAAGCGUAAUAAUAGAAGAUCAGAGAUCAUGCUCCGAGAUGUCGAGUUGCUGGCAACUCUUGCAAGCAUAAGAUCGGGAUAUAAGUAUCCUAAGGAGAAGAUCGACGACAUGUGGGAGGGAGUUCUUCUUUGUCAAUUCCAUGACUGUCUUCCUGGAAGUUCCAUUGAGAUGUGUUAUGAUGACAGUGACGAGCUUUACGCGAAGAUCUUCGCGACUGGCGAGAAGAUUCUCAAAGAACUGGAGGAGAUUCUGGGCGUACAAAGUGGCGAUAAAAUUAAAUCUAUGGAUAACCUGGUCGCCUUGAAUACCAUGCCAUGGCACCGAAGAGAGGUCAUUGAGAUCGGUGAUGGCAAAGCCGGAGUUGCUUGUGGUGAUGGCCAACUGCUGAACGUCAAAUCCUUUAAAAUAGCCGAGACGCCCGAGGUCACGGUUAGGGAACUUGAGGGUGGCGUAUUUGUUUUGCAGAACGAUCAAUUGCGAGUAGAAGUUGACAGCGGCACCAUCACUUCUCUAUACGAUCUGAAGGCUGAGAGGGAAGUCAUCGCGAAGGGUAAGAAGGGUAAUCAGCUCGUCAUUUUCGACGACAAACCCCUCUACUGGCAGGCUUGGGAUGUUGAAGUCUACCAUUUGGAUUCCCGAAAGGAGCUGGCAUCUGGCGUUACCAAGAUCGUCCAGCAGGACGCUCACAAAGUCAGCGUUAUGACUGAGACCAAGAUCAGUGAGAAGAGUUGGGCGAAGACCUAUAUUAGUCUCUCUGCUGCUUUCGACGGUCAACAAUCAUAUGUUGAGAUGCACAGCGAGGUUGAGUGGCGAGAGGACAUGAAAUUCUUGAAGGUCGAAUUCCCUGUCGAUGUCAGAAACACCGAGGCUUCCUACGAGACCCAGUAUGGUAUUGUGCGAAGGCCAACACAUUACAACACUACCUGGGAUAUGGCAAAGUUCGAAGUAUGCUGCCACAAAUACGCCGACCUUUCCGAGCAUGGUUAUGGUGUGUCAAUUUUGAAUGAUAGCAAAUACGGCUUUGCUACCUGUGGGAGCUUGAUGCGGCUGUCACUGCUUCGUGCGCCUAAAGCACCAGAUGCCCACGCCGACAUGGGCCGUCACCACAUUCGCUGGGCUAUCCUGCCUCAUCAAGGUGAUCUUGGAUCCACGACAGUCCGUACCGCUUACAACUUCAACAACCCACUGAAGCUUGCUCAAUCAUCAAAGGCCCUUGGAGCUUCAGCAUUCAGCAGCCCUAUCAAGGUUACUGGCAACCCCUCCUUGAUUCUCGACUGCGUCAAGAGAGGCGAAGAUGACGAGGAUGUUAGUAGAGGUGAGUUGGCUAAGCGAAAGGGUAAGAGUGUGAUUUUGCGUAUCUACGAUAGCUUGGGAGGGACGAGCAAGGGCACCAUUGAGACAUCGUUGGAUGUGAAGAGAGUCUGGAAGACCAACGUCCUCGAGGAUGAUGAGAGUGAACUGAAGGUUGAGAUGGGCAAGGUUGACAUCACCUUGAAACCUUUUGAGGUUGCAACAUUCAGACUGCAGCUGUAG